AGCGUGUAUCUAUCUACAGGGAUGUUCACACUAGGAACCUGGAAGUCGGCCAGUCAAUGAAUACAGGGUAGAGAGAAUGUCGCUGGGACUCUGUGCUUGAGAGUCAAAUUGUCUCAGAGGCACACAACACCACAGGCAAUCUGUUGCGCUCGCCCGAGAACACACAACACCUUUAACGGCGGCAACACUGCAGUCUGGCUGAGCAUAUGGACAGAGGAAGGAUCGAUGCUGACGAGAAGUGACUGCAGCAAAGAGCAUCGCUGGACAUACCUAUAGUGCACGGUGGUAGGACGGUGUCGGAGCAGUGUGCAGUUGAUGCAGUUGAUGCAUGAAGCUGGAAGCGUCGACAGGGUUCCUGGAGAUAGUGGUGUUUGGUGCCAGCGGUUGGAAUGUUCCAUUCCAUAAACACGCGACAGACAGAGCUGAAAGGAUCGUUCGAUAUUCCCCUGCUAAAGUAUAAGCAGUGGAAACACAAGGCGUUAUUCAGUGCGAUUGUAUUUAGUUUUUGAGAUUUCGAGGUAGGGACUUCCUGUUUGCACACAAGUGAGACGGAGUGUGUGUCUUGGUGUGUAUGGUUUGGCUUAUGUCGGUGCUGCAGUCAUGGGAUUAGCUGGUGAGACUUUAUCUGACAAAGCUGUGUAGUUACUGAAUUACUUAUUGUCCCUGUAAAUUUUCUGACGGUGUGGUGUCAAUGAGUGGAUGAGUAUUACAUUCAACACUGUGUUACUGUGACUGGAAGAGACAAGAAGAACGAUGGCCAAGCUGUGUAGGUUUGUUAAACUUAAUGACCGGCUGAAUGCUCAGGUCUUCACGUUUGUAUUGCCUGGAAGGAUCGUCCGGGAAUUUACGCCAGAUUGUUACGCUAAAGACUUUGUGUAUGGCUUUCAAAAAUGGAGUGUAAGCUUUGUCCGAAGUGAUCGUCACAUCGGGGUGUUUCUGAAGUUGCUCACGACCUCUCAGGGCAUGAAAUGUCGUCUUGAUUUUACAGUCACUAUCCUCAACAGGGACCAUUUCACCAAGAAUGAACACUUCAUUGAAAAGAGCUGUGAGUUUACGACUGAGAAGAACGUUUGCGGUAGGAAAACUUUUAUCGAGAUCGACGAACUUUUACAAAGAAAUUUUAUUCAAGAAACUGGUGAUGUCAUGCUAGAGUUGGAAAUGAGAAAUGCAGUUUGUCAGUUUGAAUGCUUCAUGAAAAUUCCCAAGGACAACCAUGCGUCUCGACAAGGAUAUGGCGACAGAAUGGAAUCCACUUACUACACAUUUGGUCUGUUUGACUGGAGCGUGUCUUUAUUUCCUGACACUAGUUCCAUUGAAGCUGAUGGGAGUAUUGCGGUUCAGCUGCAAAGACACACAAGUUUUGACCACCUUUGUAGUCUGAAGUACAGGGUUGUUCUCGGAGAAGAGGGGACGUUUGAUUCACGGGAACUGGUACAAAUCCUGGAUACAUCUGGAAUAGGCGAACCGUUCACAGUGGGUACCUCUAUGUUACGGCUGGCCCAGGGAAGGUCGACCUUGCGUGUGAGGGUUGAGAUGAUCUCGGUGGUGUCGGUGAGUGAGGUCAACGUCCACGCCUUGAACAGGAACAGGAGUCGCGCCCACCUCUAUGACCGGGACAAACAGGCGUGGAUGCUGGAGGCGGAUACUAGCGGGAAGUACCUCACUUUUAAACUUUACUACACGGAUAUUUCCCACGUGCCCCGGAAAUUCAGCCGCUAUGUGGCUUGGCACGUGAGAAUCUUGACCAAGUCUCAGUCGAAACCACUGACCGCUUUGGACGGUCCGUUUGGCAAGUACUUUGUACAGCAGGACCUUGACGAGGGCUUUCAAAUGAGAACAGACAUCCCAGUGGACGAGCUCACAGAUCCUGAUAGCACCCUCUUGGACCCUGAAGACCGGAAGUUGACGGUCCACAUAGACUGGAUCGACUCCCAUCUGCUGGUACUGCCCAACUACAAUAGUCUUGAUGACGUCACACGCCUACACAAGCAGCAGAUGUGGAGAGAGAUUAUGGCCCUCCAAGCUGAAAAUUACGCCCUUGAGAAGCAGUUGUAUAGUUACCAGCAGAGCAUCGCCAAGACCAACUCCAGGGGAAGGUACGACAUCGAUCAGCUGAAACCACAGCAGUCAAUAUGAUGGGGCAUACCAAAUUCAACAUGUGGUGCGAUGAGAUUCAAGAUACAACAGUGAUUCGAUCGACACGUGACAUUCAUCACGUUCUGCGAUAAAAUUCAACACAAAGCACGUGUUUGAUGGAUGAAACAGAUUUAACAUGUGAUAUAAUUGUAUACAACCGAUUCAAUACUCCAUACCACAGACCAGGACAGAUUCAAACCUCGGUAUGAUAGGACACUGCACAUUCAUCGAUUACGAUUCAGUUAUUCAACGGUUCAAGUAGGGUAGAUACUGUAACUUCAUAUUAAAUACUCGAUAUAAUAAAAUAGACUCUCUAUGACAUGGGAUACAGCACUUUUAAACUCUUUAUAACAUGGAGUGCAACAGUUCUUAACUCUCUAUGACAUGGAAUACAACACUUUUAAACUCUCUAUGACAUGGAAUACAACACUUUUAAACUCUCUAUGACAUGGAAUACAACACUUUUAAACUCUCUAUGACAUGGAAUACACCAUUUUUUAACUCUAUAUGACAUGGAAUACAACAGUUCUUAUCUCUCUAUGACAUGGAAAACAACAGUUCUUAACUCUCUAUGACAUGGAAUACAACACUUUUAAACUCUCUAUGACAUGGAAUACACCAUUUUUUAACUCUAUAUGACAUGGAAUACAACAGUUCUUAUCUCUCUAUGACAUGGAAAACAACAGUUCUUAACUCUAUAUGACAUGGAAUACAACAGUUCUUAUCUCUCUAUGACAUGGAACACAACACUUUUAAACUCUCUAUGACAUGGAAUACAACACUUUUAAACUCUAUGACAUGGAAUACACCAUUUUUAAACUCUCUAUGACAUGGAAUACAACACUUUUAAACUCUAUGGCAUGGAAUACAACACUUUUAAACUCUCUAUGACAUGGAAUACACCAUUUUUAAACUCUCUAUGACAUGGAAUACAACACUUUUAAACUCUCUAUGACAUGGAAUACACCAUUUUUAAACUCUCUAUGACAUGGAAUACAACACUUUUAAACUCUAUGGCAUGGAAUACAACACUUUUAAAAUCUCUAUGACAUGGAAUACACCAUUUUAAAACUCUAGAUGACAUGGAAUACAACAGUUCUUAUCUCUCUAUGACAUGGAAAACAACAGUUCUUAACUCUCUAUGACAUGGAACACAACACUUUUAAACUCUCUAUGACAUGAAAUACAACAGUUCUUAACUCUCUAUGACAUGGAAUACAACAGUUCUAAACUCUCCAUGACAUGAAUACAACAGUUACAAAAUGUCACGUGAUAGGACACAACACAAACUUCAAUUGUAGGAAAGUCAACAGUCAACAUUAAGGUUACAGAUUAGUCAACAGUAUAGAAUUGGUUAAAAGAAUUCGACAUAAUGACUGAGAGUAUAAUUCAAAUGUCGACACAACUACUGACAACCUAUUAAACAUUUGAUAUGCUGGCUUUCAAUAUUCUAAAAGUCAACAUUUGGGUUGAAAAUGAUAACAUAUUCAACAGAUGAUAUCAUGGAAACUUGCAGAACAUACAAUACCUUUGUGCAAUUUGAAUGUCCUGCACCCAUAGUCCCGAAGCUCCAUGUGUAGGAAAGGUCUCCGGGUAGACUCCGGUGUCUGGAAACACGGAUAAACAAUGCCCACUACUAACCUGACCUGGAAUAUUCUGUUUUUAUGUCUGAGGGCAAUCACAGACUGCAAAGGAAGAACGGAUGGUAGACCCCGUAUACUCUACAUGUGAAUAGGAAGAGUAAAUGAUGUUGACAGAAACGGAAGGUAGUCACUGCAUAAAUUUACAUGUGAAUGGAAAGUGUAAAUUAUGUUGACAGAAACGGAAGGUAGUCACUGCAUAAUUUCACAUGUGAAUGGAAAGUGUAAAUGAUGUUUACAGAAAAGGAAGAUAGGCACUACAUAAUUCCAGCUGUGAAUAGAAAGUGUAAAUGAUGUUUACAGAAAAGGAAGAUAGACACUACAUAAUUUCAGAUGUGAAUAGAAAGCGUAAAUGAUGUUUACAGAAAAGGAAGAUAGACACUACAUAAUUCCAGAUGUGAAUAGAAAGUGUAAAUGAUGUUUACACAAAAGGAAGAUAGACACUACAUAAUUCCAGAUGUGAAUAGAAAGUGUAAAUGAUGUUUACAAUAACGGAAGGUAGUCACUGCAUAAUUCGAUAUGUGAAUGGAAAGUGUAAAUGGUGUUGACAGAAACGGAGGGUAGUCACUGCAUAAUUCUCUAAGUGCAAGGCGUCUAUGAGGUUCACAGGAAGAUGGAGUGUUAUUGAUCUUGUUAAUGUGGUGAUUCCACUUGAUCAACAUGACUAUAGCUUCAACAGCACAGAAUGUCAUUAAAUGUGUUGUCGAGAUCUGUUCCACAUUGUGUUGUGUGUUGUGUGUGAUAGAUGUGAUAAGUGACAGUAUUUCGUGUCAGUACAUCAAUGACCUGGCCACGGCUAGGACAUAUGCUCUGUGUGAACACCUUCCGUGAAGGAAUCAUACUGUCCCCUGAAUGACUUCGAAUUCAUUCGUCGGAUGCACUAAACGUGAUCAUUAUUGCUGGCUUACCAGUUACAAUUGUUCAUUGUACGUAUCAUGUGAAUAUAGAAUAUAGAAUGAAACAUUCAGCGAGAGGUAUAUGAGACAUUUAUAAGGGUGCACAAGGCUCUUCCAUUCCAAGAUCCGUCUAUGAACAUGUACACUGUUGUUGUUCCAUAUGCCUACUGUGGAUACGUACAUAUCCAGCAAGCAUGUGUUGUAUGGUAGCCCCUAUGCAUUUUACCCCGUUAUUUCCUCGCUGAAGUCUUCAGUGUUGACACUAAGAUAUUCUAUAAGAGAUUGUUCUUAUGGUGCUGCAAUGACAAUGUCACAAUGACAGACAUACAUCACAUAAUUGUCUCCAGAACAGUGUGGCUAAGCGUCGUUGCCUGUCAGCUAUCCAGUAUGUUGACAAAUAGAGCUGUUAUGGCCAAUUUCUGUUGACGGACCGUUUGUAUUGAAUUGACACGACACCUCUAGAAAGUCUGGUUCUGGUCUAAUUGACUUCUCAUUUGUGCCCGUUGCUUUUUCCGAUAGAAUCCUGGUAAUGCAAUGAGAAAACGUUUCCCCGUGAACAGUCCUUAGGAGCAGUUAACAUGACGUCACUAGCGCUAGUCAUACUUGUGCGAUUCUAACAGAAUUCAAUAUUUUGCUCUCAAAGGACUUGGAUACGAUCAGAUAGAAUUUCAGAUGCAUGACAUAGAGCCCUGGGGUUAUCUGGAUAUGAAAUGUGAGAAGUUUAUUGUCUAUAAAUCCAUCGAAACAUAGUUGCUUUAAACUCCUUCGUGUAGUUGAUAUGCUCAUUUUUGUCAGUUGAGGAAAAGUUUCUGAUAAUUAUUGUUUUAAGUUUUCAUUUGAUAAAUUCGACAUUUCCUAAAUACCUUCCUGAAGAUUAUAUCUCAUGUCCUUCAAACAACAUAUGCUAUCCGUCCGUCAGCGACUUCUAGCUUAAGGCAGCUGAACGCUGA